UUAAAAAGUGACAAAGGAGCAAAGUACCCUUCAUCCGGAUGCUGCUCAGUGACUAGUGAGAGCUCCACUUAUUCCAUCCCCAGCCUAUUAAACCACCCCAAAGCUUUGUGCUCUUUGAUCAAGUAUCAAGUAGAGAGAGAGACACAGAGAGCUCUCUGUCUCUCAGACAAUGGGUGUUUUGGAAGUCUUGUUGUUUACCAAUGUCUCUCUGCUAUCAACUAUCUUCACAGUGUUGGCAAUACUGGCAGGAGUUUUGGGGUACUUGUAUGGGCCCUACUGGGGGGUGAGGAGGGUACCUAGCCCACCAACUAUCCCCUUGGUAGGGCACCUUCCCUUGCUGGCAGAGUAUGGUCCUGAUGUAUUCUCAGUUCUUGCCAAACAGUAUGGCCCUAUUUUCAGGUUUCAUAUGGGCAGGCAGCCACUUAUAAUUGUAGCAGAUGCAGAGCUUUGUAGAGAAGUUGGAAUUAAGAAGUUCAAAGAUAUUCAAAACAGAAGCAUCCCAUCUCCCAUCUCAGCUUCCCCUCUUCAUCAGAAAGGUCUCUUUUUCACCAGGGAUGCAAGAUGGUCUGCCAUGCGAAACACUAUAUUAUCAGUGUAUCAACCAUCACACCUAGCCAGCCUUGUGCCUACCAUGCAGUCCUUCAUUGAAUCUGCGACUGAAAAACUUGGCUCCUCCAAAGAAGAAGAUAUUACCUUUUCCAAUCUCUCCCUCAGAUUGACCACAGAUGUGAUAGGACAAGCUGCCUUUGGUGUCAACUUUGGCCUUUCUAAACCACAGUCCAUCAGUGAUUCAAUCAACAAGCAGAUUGGUGGUUCCCAAGACAUUAACAAUGAUGAAGUCUCAGACUUUAUCAACCAACACAUAUAUUCCACAACACAGCUUAAGAUGGACUUGUCAGGCUCCUUAUCAAUCAUACUGGGACUACUUGUACCUAUUCUCCAGGAGCCAUUCAGGCAAAUCUUGAAGAGAAUUCCUGGCACUAUGGACUGGAAAGUUGAACGUACGAACCGGAAAUUAAGCGGCCGGCUUGAUGAGAUUGUAGGGAAGAAAAUGAGAGACAGGGACAGAGGUUCAAAGGACUUCUUAUCACUCAUAAUGAAUGCAAGGGAGUCGGAGACAGUUUCAAAGAAUGUCUUCACCCGAGACUACAUUAGUGCUGUUACUUAUGAGCAUCUCCUUGCUGGGUCAGCCACAACAGCAUUUACAUUGUCUUCAAUUGUUUACUUGGUUGCUGGACACCCAGAAGUUGAAGAAAAGUUGCUUGCAGAGAUUGAUGGAUUUGGAUCUCCUGAUCAGAUGCCUACUGCUCAUGAUCUUCAAGACAAAUUUCCUUAUAUUGAUCAGGUUAUCAAAGAGGCAAUGCGGUUUUACAUGGUUUCCCCAUUAGUUGCAAGAGAAACAUCUAGACAAGUCGAAAUAGGAGGUUAUCUUCUACCGAAGGGAACUUGGGUUUGGUUAGCACUUGGAGUUUUAGCAAAAGAUCCAAAGAACUUCCCAGAGCCGGACAAGUUCAGGCCAGAGAGGUUUGAUCCCAGCUGCAAAGAAGUGAAACAAAGGCAUCCUUAUGCUUUUAUACCCUUCGGGAUCGGACCUCGAUCCUGCAUUGGUCAAAAAUUUUCCCUGCAAGAACUAAAGCUCUCACUCAUUCACUUAUACCGGAACUAUGUGUUCCGGCACUCUCCCGGAAUGGAGAAACCUCUACAACUUGAGUAUGGCAUUGUUCUCAACUUCAAGAAUGGUGUCAAGCUCAGAGUCAUAAAGCGAACUUUAUUUCAACAUGCCUGAUCAAACUUUGCCAACCGUACAACUCAUCAAACACGAAACAAGACAACUGGAGCUCGGUUGUACGAAAAUUUAUAUGGUCAAACAUAUUUUUCACUGUAAUGUUGUUGAAAUCAUUCAUAAUUUGACACCAAAUUUUCAGUUUCGGGUUAAUUUAACAGAUCAUUGCCAGUGAUGGUUGGUUCCAAAUGCAAGAAAGCUAGAGAUGAAUUCCACGAUCGGUCUCAGAGAAAAUAAGUAGGAAGCAGUCUUCAAUUCCUCCUC